GCUAACUUUAGUGGCCUGGUUACCCUGGACGCUUGCUGUUGAGCUGCACUUCAACGCCAGUUAGUUGUCCCCCGUAUACAUAUAAGCCAAUGAUUUCCACUUCAGCGAUUCUCAAAGGGUCUCGUGUCAUCCACUGCUUCAGACCGCUGCACACCACUCUCGUCGCCAGCAUGCCGAUCAAGGUUGGAGAGAGUCUCCCAGCUGUGGAGGUCCAAGAGGGAGACCCAGGGACAAAAGUAUCCAUGGACCAGCUCUUCAAGGGGAAAAAGGGGGUACUGUUUGCUGUGCCCGGAGCCUUCACUCCUGGAUGCUCUAAGACUCACCUCCCAGGGUUUGUACAGCAAGCAGGGGAGCUUCGCAGUAAAGGAGUUCAGGAGGUGGCUUGCAUCUCGGUCAAUGAUGCCUUUGUCAUGGCAGCAUGGGGCAAGGAACACGGUGCUGAAGGCAAGGUGCGAAUGCUUGCAGACCCAACUGGAGCGUUCACUAAGGCAGUUGAUCUCUUACUGGACAACGAUCAGAUAGUGCAGGUGCUUGGGAACAAAAGAUCUAAGAGGUAUGCCAUGCUGGUUGAGGAUGGAGUGGUGAAAAAAAUCAACGUGGAACCGGAUGGGACAGGGCUGACUUGCAGCCUGGCCUCCAAUGUUUUGUCAGAACUAGCCUAACGUAUCUCCCACCAGCUUAGAAAAGUACAUAUCCACAGCCGCGUCCUCCUCGACCUGAAAACUUAGGUUCUAACACUUUCUUUAAACUGAAAGAACAUGGGAACAUGUUCACGGUUAAGUCCACUAUACUGUUUAAAUGAAUUGGAAAUAGCUUUUAAAAAAAGUUCAUUCAGGUUGUGUAAACGAGUUGUAUGCAGCAAGGCUGCCAUACUCAAGCCAUAUUGACUUAACCAGAGCAUUAAACAGGUGAUUUGAAUUGUUUACCUGAGGCUCACUGUGCUACAGCUCUACAAAAGUUAAAAAAAAAAAAAAAGUAUUCACCUAUACGCACAAUGUUGGCUGUACCUACUGUGACCUCCCAUCUCUAAAACAGUUACAGUUUUCCCACAGUAAACACAUUAAAACCUA